UUGUGGCUUUCUCGGCCGCACAUCUCUCUAACCUACUGCGUCUUUGUUCGCGCUCAACGCGUGACACAACCAACCCGACCUAGGCUUCUCUGCUCGAGUCCCUCGGCUGACGAUAUAAUCAACCCUACCUAAUCCCACCCUCAACGAAGCAGGAAAAAACCCUUCACAUCGUUCAUCGCAUCCAUACUAGCAUCAGCUACUUCUGAACUCGCCUCUAGUAAUCAUGGCGUACCGCGGGGGGCAUGAAAACGAUUAUGAUGGCGGCCACAAUAUGCAGGACCUUCCGCCUGGAUCUGGCAGAGGAUACCACCUGCCACCUCAAGAUGAGGGAGUUGACGAAGCCGGCCAAUCACUUCUGAGAGACCCUCACGCACCUGCUCCCUACGAGAGCCACCUCGGAACUGGCGAGACCCCUGGCCGCCCAGUCUCCGCAUACAGUCUCACAGAAUCAUACGCUCCUGGUGCCGGAGCUCGGACACCAGUUCCUGGCGAGACAGCUUUCGCUUCUGGCUACAGCAAUGAGCUCGACUCGGAUGCUGGUGGUUUUGGCUACGGGAACAGACCUCCCUCCACCGUGGACGCCGACGAGAGCUGGACCCGCAGACAGCAGCCCGGUAACCAAGGUGGCGGUCUGAAGCGUUACGCGACCCGUAAGAUCAAGCUUACUCAGGGUUCCGUCCUGAGCAUCGACUACCCGGUUCCCAGUGCCAUCAAGAACGCUGUCCAGCCAAAGUACCGCGAUGUCGAGGGCGGCAGCGAAGAGUUUAUGAAGAUGCGCUACACCGCCGCCACCUGCGAUCCCAAUGACUUCACCCUCAAGAACGGUUACGAUUUGCGCCCGAGAAUGUAUAACCGACACACCGAGCUCCUCAUCGCAAUUACCUACUACAACGAAGAUAAGGUGUUGCUCUCCAGAACUCUUCACGGUGUCAUGCAGAACAUUCGCGACAUUGUCAACCUGAAGAAGUCCACCUUCUGGAACAAGGGCGGCCCGGCCUGGCAAAAGAUUGUCGUCUGUCUGGUUUUCGACGGUAUCGAAAAGACCGACAAGGCCGUGUUGGACGUUCUCGCAACCGUCGGUAUCUACCAGGAUGGUGUCGUGAAGAAGGAUGUCGACGGAAAGGAGACGCUCGCUCACAUCUUCGAGUACACCUCUCAGUUGUCCGUUACACCUAAUCAGCAACUUAUCCGUCCUGUUGACGACGGCCCUUCUACUCUCCCCCCCGUGCAGUUCAUUUUCUGCCUGAAGCAGAAGAACAGCAAGAAGAUCAACUCUCAUAGAUGGCUUUUCAACGCCUUUGGCCGCAUCUUGAACCCCGAAGUCUGCAUUCUCAUCGAUGCCGGUACCAAGCCCAGUCCUCGCUCGCUGCUCGCGCUUUGGGAGGGCUUCUACAACGACAAGGAUCUCGGUGGUGCUUGUGGUGAGAUUCACGCCAUGUUGGGCAAAGGUGGCAAGAAGCUGCUUAACCCCCUGGUUGCUGUCCAAAACUUCGAGUACAAGAUUUCCAACAUCUUGGACAAGCCUCUUGAGAGCUCUUUCGGAUACGUCUCUGUGUUGCCCGGUGCUUUCUCCGCCUACCGCUUCCGUGCGAUCAUGGGUCGCCCGCUGGAGCAGUACUUCCACGGUGAUCACACUCUUUCCAAGAUCCUUGGUAAGAAGGGUAUCGACGGCAUGAACAUUUUCAAGAAGAACAUGUUCUUGGCCGAGGAUCGUAUUCUUUGCUUCGAGCUGGUCGCCAAGGCCGGUCAAAAGUGGCACUUGUCGUACAUCAAGGCCGCCAAGGGUGAGACCGAUGUUCCCGAGGGCGCUGCCGAGUUCAUCUCUCAACGUCGUCGUUGGCUCAACGGUUCCUUCGCUGCCUCUCUGUACUCUCUCAUGCACUUUGGUCGCAUGUACAAGUCCGGCCACAACAUCAUCCGCAUGUUCUUCUUCCACGUUCAGCUCAUCUACAACAUCCUCCAGGUUAUGUUUACAUGGUUCAGUUUGGGUUCUUACUACCUGACUACAACGGUUAUCAUGGAUCUUGUCGGUACCGCUGUCACCUCCGACGACCCCGAUGUGGCCCGCAGCGGUUGGCCCUUCGGAGACACUGCCACUCCUAUCGUCAACGCUCUUCUCAAGUACCUCUACUUGGCCUUCGUUAUUCUGCAGUUCAUCUUGGCCUUGGGUAACAGACCCAAGGGUUCCAAGUACACCUACAUUGCCUCUUUCGUCGUCUUCGGUCUGAUCCAAUCCUACAUCCUGGUCCUUUCGAUGUACUUGGUCGUUCAAGCCUUCCAGAAACCCAUCGGCGAGCAGAUCAACCUCGACUCCGGCGAGGACUUUGUCGCCAGUUUCUUCGGAGGUACAAACGCAGCCGGUGUCAUUCUCGUUGCUUUGGUUACUAUCUACGGCCUUAACUUCAUCGCUUCCUUCAUGUACCUCGACCCCUGGCACAUGUUCACCUCCUUCCCUCACUACCUGGUGCUCAUGUCAACCUACAUCAACAUUCUGAUGGUCUACGCCUUCAACAACUGGCACGAUGUGUCUUGGGGUACAAAGGGUUCAGACAGUAGCGAGGCUCUGCCUUCCGCACACGUUACGAAGGGCGAGAAGGAUGAAGCUGUGGUAGAAGAAAUCGACAAGCCGCAAGAAGAUAUCGACAGUCAAUUCGAAUCGACGGUGAAGCGUGCGCUGGAACCUUUCAAGGAAGCUCCAGAGAACGAGAAGCCGGACAUCGAAGACUCGUACAAGUCUUUCCGUACCGGUCUGGUCGUGUCUUGGCUUUUCUCCAACACCUUCCUCAUUAUCGUCAUUACGAGUGAUAACUUCAACUCGUUCGGCAUUGGCGUAAGUACAAAUGUCACAAAAUACGUGUUGACUACCAAGCUAACUCUCAUUCCUAGAAAACUGCAUCAGCACGUACUGCUUCCUACUUCAGCUUCUUGCUGUACUCUACUGCCGUUCUGUCACUGGUCCGUUUCUUCGGAUUCUUGUGGUUCUUGGGCAGGACCGGUAUCAUGUGCUGCUUUGCCAGACGGUAAACAGACACAAAGGGGAGAUUAUCCAGACAGGCGCCGAAUAUCUCGAAGCAUGUUGGAUGUGUAUCAGAGGGAAGACUGUACUCUUGCCAGCUUUGGCUCAUUGCUACGAAUCUGCCGGUGUUUUUACAUUCUGGGUAUGUGUCAAGUAAUGAAGGACACGGGACUCAGCAGAUUCUUGAUGAAGUGGGCAGAAGCUCAGUAAAAGUAGUUUCGAUUAAGCAGCAUUCAUGGCGUUUUACAUGGAUACAAU